CCCUUUGAGUUUAUUAUCACACAGUGGUGUUUUCUUGUAUAGGAAUCAACAUGAAUCUUAUUGUGGUUGUUGGAGUACUUUUCCUUGUUUCUGGACAUGCUUCUUCUGAAGAUAUUCCAGAAAAGAAGGUUGUAAAGCGUGGUGUAAUCGAUUCUGGUUACGGAGGACUUGGAACAGCAUCUUCGGGAACAUAUUCUGGAGGAUAUAGUGGAGGAUAUGGUGGCAGUUAUGCUGGAGGAUAUGGUGGAAACACCGGAGGAUAUGGUUUAGCAGCUGGAGGAUAUGGUGGGGGAAGUAGUGGAGGAUAUGGUGGGGGAAGUACAGGAGGAUAUGGGCAUGGAGCAACUUUAAACACAGUUACUCAAACAGUCCACGUUCCAGUUCCAGUUCCACAACCUUACACCGUAACAAGAACCUUCCCAGUUCCUCAACCCUACCCAGUUCACGUCCCAGUACCGCGCCCAGUUCAAGUACCUAUCCCUGUACCACAACCUGUGGAUGUACCAAGACCAGUUCCUGUACCAGUAACGAGAACUGUACCAGUACCAGUACCACAACCUGUUCAUGUACCUGUUCAAGUACCCGUUCAUGUACCAGUACCACAACCUUACCCUGUGAGUGUACCACAACCAGUUCCGGUUAGAGUACCACAUCCGGUUGUGGUGCCAGUACCUCAACCUGUACAUAUUACACAUGGAGGAGUAGGAGGAGGAUAUGGAUCACAUUAAAAAAAGAAGAAUGAUUUUUUCUUAAUAACGCAUGUGUCUUUAUAUUUUUUAAAUGUGUAAUAAAUAACGUUAAAUAAG